AUGGUGAAGUCCAAUAAUGUUCCUGUAGAUUUUCUAUGCCCAAUCACUAAAGAGAUAAUGGAAGAUCCUGUAGUCGCUAGUGACGGGUACACUUAUGAAAGGAUAGCAUAUGGUUUGAAAGAAGCAAUACUUCGCCUUUGGCUCGAGAAGAUUUUAGAAAUAAAGAACUUACUGAAAACCACCGUCUCCGUUCUAAGAUAUCUCAAUAUUUAG